AUGCAGAUUCCGAGCCCAGAACCUGACCUGAUUCUGCCUCUUCUUUUUAUCUGCCUCGUCCUGGUGUGCAUACUUUGCACUAGCUGCUUGAUCCUCGUCAUCGUCGUGAUCAGACUCACCAUUCACGCCCAGCGAAGUCUACCAAUCGAAGCUAAGGAGCAGAAGGACAUUGCGAAGGGAAAGGUGAAGGAGAAGGUCAUAGAGGAGAACAUGGUCGCUGUUGCGCAGAAUGACGGAAAUAUCAUUCUAUUGCAAGUCAACAAGAACUACGAGAUCAUCUUCUAUGAGAGUCGCACCCCCAGUGAAAGAAUCCCCAGGAAGAAGUAUGACAUGAACACCCUCAAGAUCAAAGGAAAGUCUAUCAAGGUCAACCCUAAGUUGCCCAUUAUCUCGGCUGUCGCAUUCACCCACCCCGAGUCUUGUGGCGGCAGAGCUCAGAUCAUCCGUGUUGGUGACAAGGACGAGGAUUGGAACGACGGCAUGGACUUCAACGAUAAGGACUACACUAUUUGCGAAGUGAGCGGUCUGGCUGCCAACGUUUUCCAGUCAACUGGUGACAAGAAGAGCUUCCAGAUCAAGUUUUACUAUCAGCGUGACGACGCAGACGAGUUUGCGGAUGUUUCCUACAAUGCCGUGGGUGUUACUGAUGAGUGGAGCACUCGACCCAACGUCACCGAAGCCUAA